AGGUCUCUCUUUCUCACAAGUCAUAACACCAAACAAUUCUAUCGCAGCUCUCAAAAUUAAAACUCUCCAAGAAACUUCUAGAUCAUUUCUUCUUCGGCAAAUCUUCCAAUUAUCAUCGAUCAUCAUGAUCUCUAUCGUAAUCAUUGCUGAGCUAUUGGUGGAGUACACGACGGCUCUCGCUAAACUCACCGCCGGGAUUCUUCCAAGACGGCAAGGCGAUGGAAACAUCGUACGACUUGGCGGUUUCUCUAUGUAUUGUCCUCCUAGGUCGUCACCGGUUCCAGAUUUCUCUUCUCACCUGGUCGAUUUCUGAGCUUAGGGUGACUAACGAUCUUGUCAAUGUUUUUCUUUUCCUCCUCAUUUUUUUGAUCGAGUUAACAUAUGAGAAUGUUUUUUUUCCAGUUUUUUGGAUAUUGAGUAGGUUAGAGAUUUGUAAACCUGUAUUGUGUGGAAUCAUAUAUAGGAAUUAUGACUUUGAUAUUGCUUCCUCUUGCUUUAUUGUAUAAAAACUGAUCAUCUAUUCCGUUUUGUCCAAGUCGUAAUUUUCCCGG